AUGCCCGAGACGGAGAGAAUGACAACGCCGAUGAAUUUUCAGGUUGGAGCAGCAACAACAGUGACAUGUCGACUCGGUGUGGGAGGUGGAGCAGGAGCAGCAGCAGCAGCAGCAGCAGCAGCAGCAGCAGCAGCAGCAGCAGCAGCAGCAGCAGCAGCAGCAGCAGCGACAGAAGCAACGGCAGCAGCAGCCGCAACGGCAGCAGCAGAAGCCGCCGUGGCAGAAGUGACAGCAGCGGGAGCAGCAGCGGCAGCAGCGGCUCGGGCAGCAGCGAUGGUGGAAACGAUGCUGUUUAGCAGCAUGCUGUUCAGCAUCGCACCAACACUCCCCAUCCUCACAGCAGCUCCCUCCAGCUCCACAGCAACUCCUCCUAACAUCACAGCCGCUCCUCCCAACAUCACCCUCACAUUCAGUUCCCCAGGGGUCGUCAGGUCCUUCAGCCUCGCCCCACGUUCCACCCGCUGCAACUUCUUAUCCUCACUCCUCAACCCCCUCUCUCACCUGCGCUCUCCUUCCUCCACUCCCUCUUCCUGA